CAUCACAGAUAGCGGUGGUAAAUAAUGUUGAGCAUAUGGCGAACAUAGCUGAGGAAGUGAGUUCGCACAGAUGGAAUAUCCGAAAUGUGCGGGCUUUACUGAACAAACAGCAUCUCGGAAGGUACAAAAAACUAUACGUCACCCGCCCCGGGCACAAAUCAGCUGACUUUUGUCAUGUGACCCGCAUGACGGACGCGGAAGAAACAACGUGAAGCCGGACAGUCUGCGGAGUUGUGAGUUUGUAAGUUGUAUGUCUGUAAAAAUAUGGAUGUGAGCGUGUGAGCGUUACACAUGGAACGGCAUGAAUAUGUGAUUAAAAUAAAGGCCGCUUUUAUUUUGCGAGUUAUUUGUAUUUAACUUACUUUGUACCAUACACUAAAGGAGAAGUAUUUGUGUAUAUACAUAUACUGUAUUACAGUAUGUAUUCAAUGUGUUAUGUUGUAUAUUACGUAAAGAUGUGACAUAAUGAAGUUAAAUUCAUUGUUUAAUGUUUUUCUGUUACGGCGUGAAAAAUGAGCCAUGUUGCUUGAUUUGUAGUUUUUUUUAUACCAGGAAAGGGAUUUUUUUCUAAAGCAGAAGCCCACAGGUGCCAUUUUUAACAGGGAGGAUGUCAGCAUACAGAGUUCUCUCUACUCUGGCUCUGGUUUUAAGAGUUCUUAUGACAUGUGACGCAAAUGUGACCCUGUCUGCUCCACCAGUUGUAAGUUUAGUGGAGAAUACUUCGCAAAACAUCAGUUUUGAGGCAAGUUCUCCAGUGAACCACACUGUUGUCCUGCACUUCAAUGUUACUUAUUCUUCUCGAAAUAUCACCGGCAUUAUUCUGCUCCCUGAAGAGGUUCUGCUGCUUGCAGGAGCCCAAUCCAGCAGCUUUGAGGUCCAUGCUGAAAAAGUGGGUCAGGUAACCGCUUACCUCUACAGCAACAGCAGUGACCUACUAGGAUUUGCAGCCCGGAUCCGGUUCCUGGUCAUACGCAGCAGAAUACUUGAGAUAAUCAACCAAGUGAUCGGCUGGAUUUACUUCCUAGCAUGGUCCAUUUCAUUCUACCCUCAAAUAUAUGAGAACUGGAAAAGAAAAAGUGUGGUCGGCCUGAACUUUGACUUCCUAGCCCUCAAUCUGACUGGAUUUAUUGCUUACAGCGUCUUCAAUGUGGGCCUUUUCUGGGUCCCCUAUAUGAAGGAGGAGUUCCUGAAGAAGAAUCCAAAUGGUGUGAACCCAGUAGAUUCCAAUGAUGUGUUUUUCAGCCUGCAUGCGGUGGUGCUGACACUGAUAUACAUCUGCCAGUGUGCGCUUUACGAGAGAGGUGGACAGAAGGUGUCUAAGGUGGCCAUUGUUUUGCUGGUGAUCGGCUGGUCAUUUGCUCUGGUUACUCUCUUCCUGGCUCUGGCUGGCACCAUCACAUGGCUGGAAUAUCUCUAUUACUUCUCCUACAUUAAGUUAGGUGUGACUCUGGUGAAAUACAUACCACAGGCUUACAUGAACUAUCAGAGGAAAAGCACUGAAGGGUGGAGCAUCGGGAAUGUCCUGCUUGACUUCACUGGGGGCACUUUCAGCCUUCUGCAGAUGUUUCUGGAGUCCUACAAUAAUGAUGAAUGGCGGCUGAUUUUUGGGGACCCGACGAAGUUUGGCUUGGGCGUAUUCUCCAUUUUCUUUGACGUGGUGUUCAUGGUCCAGCAUUACUGUCUGUAUCGGAAACAAGAAUACCAGUUACUAGACUGAUCUCCACGGGACAAGGCAUCUGCGAACUGGGACCAAACUAUCAACGUGAAGCAGGGCAUGGACUCUCAUUGUCACCAGAAUAUGAAUGAAGCACUUCAAUCAGCAAAUCACGUCAAAUGAGAUGUUUCUUAAUGAAUAUUUUUGGUAAAACGAUGGGCAUUGUUUUGUAAACGCCACUUUGAAUUUUUACAUUAGUGACACUGAGGUUUGUUCCCUGUAAUCUUGAAUGAACUUGAAAACUCUUUAUGAAUGAUUUUUGUAGCUCUUUUUACCUGCAAUAUUCAAAGAAGGGUUUUAAAAACUCGGGAGAGCUGUUUACCAAUGACGGUAAGAAGCUUCGGUUGGGCUCCUUCCUGGAUCUUUGUCAACCUCCCUCUGUGUGACAUGAGGGCUGUUCCCGGUAGUGCAGUCUGCAGCUGGAGGGAAAGCUGUGAGCCUGGCUGCAUGGUGGCAGGGCACCGUGCUGUUCUUCCUGCUGUUCUUCCUGCUGUUCUGUUCUUCCUGCUGCUCACCGGCGUCCAGCUCUGUGCGCUCGGCCCUGAAGUGCACGCAAUGCUGGGCACAACGUAAGAAGGAAGAACAUUUGUCGUGUUUUGUGAUACUUUACAAAACGCACCAAAUUGAGAAAUAAUACCAAAGCGUGCCGUCUAGAGGGGCUGUUCAUCCCCUAUGGUGUCACUUCAGGAAACCGGGGCCGGCUGGCCUCUGCUCGUGGGCCAUCUGGUGGCACGAGGUCGGUGAUCAGCUGACAUGGCAGCCGCUCGCUGAAAUCCAGCUCCUAGGUUUCACUCCUGGCACCGGCUCAGAAGAGUAUUAAUGUGUUUCCACAGCGGCGGGUGUUGUGUGAUACUGUGGCAGAUUGGAGGGUGUUCCGGCCUGUGUGACCCUCCCCAGCUCCAGACUCACAGACUGAGAGCUUUUACACACAGCUGGCUGCCGUUUCCCUAACAAGUGGUUUCUGAGUAUAAGGACCGGCUGUGGUGUUGGGAGGGGAGCGGGGGGGAAUUACUGCAAAUGUGACAUGACAUGAAUACUGACUUCUGUUAAAAACAUACGUAAGAAAUGGCCAUUACUGUGACCUUGGCUGGUGCCUCUGGGAUUGUUGGUUACCUGAUUCGCAGUCUGUUGAUGUUGCAGGCUCUUUGCAUUAACACGGAUACAGCCUGAAGCGAUAACAGAACACAGAUCGAAACCCCAAGCUUCUCCUGCCAUGUUAUGUGUUUUCUACCUAUUUUUUCAAGAACACUGCAGAUGUUUUCAAAAUAUGCAGAAUUUUUUUUGUUGAAUAAAAAUUUCCAUUCCUUUUUCCAGAA